GAACUAUGAUAGCAGUUGGACUUGGCGUUGCAACUGUUGCAUUUGCAGGUCGUUAUGCUUUCCACCUUUGGAAACCAUUGGAGCAGGCAAUUACAGAGACAGCAAAGAGGAUUUCAACUUCUAGUCUUUCAUCAUACUAUAAAGGAGGAUUUGAACAGAAAAUGAGUAGGCGAGAAGCUAGUCUUAUUUUAGGUGUAAGUCCAUCUGCUGGCAAGGCCAAAAUCAGAACAGCCCAUAGAAGAAUCAUGAUUUUGAAUCAUCCUGAUAAAGGUGGAUCACCUUACGUAGCAACAAAAAUAAAUGAAGCAAAAGACUUGUUGGAAUCCACUGCCAAAAACUGAAAUCCGAAGCCUUGGGUCAUAAGAGAUUCAGCAGAUACAUUGUACAACAGCUUUCAUAGCUACUUGCUCUGCACAGUUUCUUAACACCGCAUUGAUUGUUCCUAUUUAUUGUCAUAAUUAAAUGUUUAAGAUUAUUUAAAAGCAAACUGAAAUCUUUUACAGUUAUGUAAAGUUAUGUACAGUUAUGCUCCGAGGAGCAGGGAGUUGGACUCCAUGAUCCUUAUGGGUCCCUUCCAACUCGAGAUAUUCUAUGAUUCUAUGUAUCAAUUUUAGUGUCUUCUUACUGAGUUAUGAUCCAUUACAAGCUUUGAAAAUGUUCUCCUACUGUCUGUGUCUUUCUUCAGAAGUAGUUGCUUCUUUCAUUAAACUUUUUUGGAGCUUUUUAAAAUUUAAAAAAUAGUCUUAAAUAUAGGGGUUUUUUCUUCAUUGAUGAAGGCUUGACUGUUGCCAGAAAAUCUGUGACAAUGUAUUGAGUCACAGGAAGUAUGGCAGACCCCGUACGGCAAGUUUUCAGCAUCACCUUACGCUUGAAUCUGUUCAUUUGUGAAAUAGUAGGGUUUAUUCAUGAGUGCAGUUCGAGAGGUGCAACACAGAACAAAAUGACUGACGGGACUACAGACUGCAGUUUCCAUUAGCUGUAUCUGUGGGGCUUGGAGACAUGAAGGAAGAGGCUUGGUUUUGGUUAGUUCUUUUGCAUAUUGAAAGGUCUCUGAAAUUGUCAAAUAAUUAUUUGGACAUGCUUUUACUUCAAGUCACAGAGUACGUUUACUCUGUAGCAGUUGGGGUGGUGCAGGGUUUUCCGUGGCAGUGGAACUGAAGAAGGUAGGUCCAUGUGGCAUGGAGUUCAGAUGGAUUUUGCAGGCUGCGGUUGUCUAGGUCAGUCCAGUCAUGUCAGCCUGGUGUAGGACUGAUAUAGCAGGGAGUAAACAGGACUGUAACCCUGAUGAUAGUCGCUUUGCUUAUGGCUCUGGGUGGACUUACUGGGUUAGUUCUCCAGUAAUCCUCACAUCUCUGCAUUAGUUCCAUUUCCCAAAGUAUCAUACACACCUCCUUAUGUAGCACCCUAGCAACCUAGCGCUGGCUUCAGGCAAUACUGAAGCCAUGGAUCUCUGACUUUAAAGAGAACACAUUUUAAUUGACAGCUGAGAGUAGAUGCUAUUUGAGGCACUUGACUGCUGCAAAUUCCUACCGGUAAGUUGGCUGCAGAUGAAUUAACUCCUCUAAGGGGAUGAUGAUGAGAUGAGACAGUCUAGUGGCUUCACUGCAAGACUGAAAAAACUUUCAAGUAUCCAUUCAAACUCGUAUCAUUUGAGGUACAACAAACAACUCGGUGAAGUACUACAAAUAUAAAAUUUAGAUACCCCAUUUCCUAGGUUAUUUAGCCAGAGGAAAGUGGCUAAGAGCAGUUAAAUAAUUAAAGCAUCCAACCUCAUAUUAUCCACCAGAACGUGCAUUUGUCUGUUCAUCCAGUGGUGGAUGUCCAGAUUAUAUGGUUUUUUCCUUGAAAGGGAGAAAGAAUAUGAAUUUUUUUUUUUAACAGGUUCCCCCCACUUUGUCACAAUUCCCGUACUUUCAUUAAAGAUAGAUGAAAAAACUUUAAGUUGACCCCAAAAGAAAAUUCUAACUUCAGGUAAUUUAGAGACUUCUUGAGAGUUAGAGUGGCAGGACAUAUGACACAACUUGACUGGAUAAAGCAAAAAAGGCUGCAGGGAAAAACCUGCCUGGGAACGGGCGUAUGCUAUACGAGUACUACACUUGUGACAUUUAACUAACGCUCUAAUACAAGAAACUUUAAUUUAAAGAUAAUGGGCUUUAUUCGUAUGCAGCAACCCUAACUGGUUUUUGUUAAAGGAGUAGCCACCAAUUAACGCACAUUUAAGGUUAAUUACUCCUUUCACUGGUAUACCAGUUUGUAUUAGCAAAAAAAAAAA